UUUCUUCUUCUCUACUUUCCCUUCUCUGAUUUUUUCCUCUCUCAUCUCUUGAUCUUGUUAAAUGGUUGUAGGGUUUCAAUUCCCUUCUAUCUCUGUGGUUUUCUUGAAUCUUAUGCUUCUAUUGUGUUGGUUGUUAUUGUUGCUUGAAUCUUAUGUUUCUAGUGUGUUGGUUGUUGUUGCUCGAAUCUUUUAAGUGUGUAAUUUUGCAGUUCUUGCCUCCACAUUCAGUGUGUUCUUUUGUUCAGAUUUGGAAGCGGACAGUCUAUUUAGGAACGGUUUUGGGCGGCGCAGUUGAGCAUUUGGGAAGCGAAAUCGAGAGGGAACGAAGCCCUAGAUUUCCAGUAAUCGGCCUCCUGCGUUGAACGAUGCCGCAGGUACGGAUCGUGGCGAAGAACUUCAUGGACAUGGUGGCCGCGCUGCCAGCUAUGAAGCUCGAUCAGCUCUACGAUAGCUCCUUCAUCUGCGAGGCCGUCCUCAGGUCACUGCCACCUCUAGCAAAGAAGUAUGCUUUGCAGUUACUGUUUAUUGAUACCCCUGUCACGGCCAAGUCCAUUGAAGAAUGGGUGCUCUCUGACGGAAUUUCGAAGCACAAAGUCGCUAUUGAUAGGCUGCUUCAACUUAAAGUAUUUAUUGAAGUUAUUGAUAGGAAAAAGGAGGCUAGUUACAAGUUAAACUCCAAAUUCCAGAGCAACAUGCAGAGAUACUUAGUUCAUGGUGGAAGCUUACCAAGAGAGCCAAUGCCUUCAAGUGUCACUGUGAGAUUGCCGACUUCAGAAGAUCUGGAGGCCUAUGCCCUUGAGCAAUGGGAGUGCUUCUUGCUGCAACUUAUAAGCUCAGCUCAAGCUGAAAGACCAACAAGCUUCAGUCCUUCUAUGAUGAGAGUUUUCCAGAGAGGUCUUCUGAGUGCAAGGGAGAAUGAAGCACCUAGGUUAACUGAGAAUGGUUUCCAGUUCCUGCUGAUGGAGACAAAUGCACAACUUUGGUACAUAAUAAGGGAAUAUAUUUCAACCGCUGAGGACCGUGGAGUGGAUCCCACAGAUUUGAUUUCGUUUCUUCUCGAGCUUAGCUUUCAUACAAUGGGCGAGGCAUACAAUCUAAAUACGCUAACUGACGUCCAAAGGAGUGCUAUUAAAGACCUGGCAGACCUUGGAUUGGUAAAGCUCCAGCAAGGCAGGAAAGAGAGCUGGUUCAUACCUACCAAGUUGGCAACUAACCUUUCAGUCAGCUUGUCAGAUUCAUCUUCCCGCAAACAGGGAUUUGUUGUGGUGGAAACAAACUUCAGAAUGUAUGCUUACUCAUCCUCCAAAUUGCAUUGUGAAAUUCUACGGCUCUUUUCAAGGGUAGAAUAUCAACUACCAAAUCUUAUUGUUGGAGCUAUAACAAAAGAAAGUCUAUAUAAUGCUUUUGAGAAUGGUAUCACAGCUGAGCAGAUUGUUUCCUUCCUUCAGCAAAACGCACAUCCUCGGGUUGCAGAGAAGACGCCUUCAGUCCCAGAGAACGUUACUGAUCAGAUUAGGCUAUGGGAAACUGACAGGAAUAGGGUUGAAAUGAUUCCUUCUCAUCUUUAUGAAGACUUCCCAUCCAAGGAUGUCUUCGAAGCUGCGUGCGAUUUUGCUAGAGAUGCUGGUGGAUUACUAUGGGAAGAUUCAAAGAAGAUGAGAUUGAUUGUUCGCGGAGAUAUACAUCAACACAUGAGGGAUUUUUUCCGUCGUCAAAAAUAAACAAAAAUAAUACAUUUUUUUCCCAGUAAUUUAUUAGAAUAUUCAAUUGCCCACUUGCCUAUACUCUGGUUUGUGCAACAGGUUUCUCCAGAAUUUUUGCAGACAAAUUGGUGGAAUUUAUCUGCAGCAAUUCAAACAAUUUUGUGUAUUUCUGCAAUCCUUUGACAUUCUGUUGUUCAAAUAUGUGUUCUAAUAGCUCUGUCAGGGUUGACAAGAACACUAUUAAUUUGAGAGCGUAUGUACAUAUAAUUUUCAAUGCAGGGCUUGAUUCCAGUC